AUGUGGGCCAGGACGAUUCUCCGACUCUGUAGUAGUAAGCAGCCCGGCACGACGGCACCUGCGGCCGUCGGCUCGUCGUGGAUGACAGCUGCUGCGUGGGCCAGUCUAGGCAGUGAGUUUGCUGGCGUGAGCGAAGACAAAUUUCUCCGGCCGAGGCCCGACAAAUUCUUGACUCCUCGCGCCACCACUGACGUGGCUGUGUCGGAGGAGCUGCUGCAGUCCAUGGUUGAAGAGAACGAGGAGCGGUAUAAGGGCAUCGACGUGCGUGACCCCUCUUCGAUGGCGGUCUACGAGGGGGAUCGUCCACGGUGGAUGACGCUGGGCAGUCAAGUCCGAGCGGUCUCCGAGUUCAUCUCGGGGCACUUGUGUCAUCAUAUUUCCCUACCAGAGUGGAAGGCGUUGUUUGACUUGCAGUACGCAGAGAUGGAUUUGACCUACUGGCUGUACGUGCUACACGUUCACAUGGUUAGCCGACGUGCCACCAGCAUUCCUAUUGAGAAGUUUAAUCGCCGCCGUGAGGUGCUGGAGGAGAUCCUACUCACCAUGUUUGAAAGCUGGGCCGCAACGUCAGAAGACAUCAUGGGGCGCCCUCCGCUGAACAAAAUACGUUUUUACAUAAAAGACAUGUAUUACGUCACGGCUGUAAACUUUGAGGAGGCCCUUCUGCACGACGGCGCAGGGGCGGACUUGAUGCUUUUAGGGUUUUUAAUGAAAUUUUGUCCACUGCCGCGGCCGGAGGAUGUGCCACUCUACACGUACUACUCGCUGGUGCACUACGUUCGAUUUCACACCGCCCUGUUGGACCGCAUUCCUGACGAUCUCAUUGCGAAGGGGAACUUCAACUUUCUUUCGCCCACAGACCCCCGCAUAUUUGAGCGGUACGACGACGUUGCACUCGACCGCGUCAUCCGCUCGUGGACGGUGGACGGCGCAAAUGCUGGCGAUUCCAGCGACGAGACCGGCGUUAAGUGA